AUGAAACAAUGUGACAUUAUAAUGGAUCAAUUAUUUACACAUACACCACGUCUUCGACGUAUUAUAGCCGAUAAUUGUUUAAAUAUACAUAUGAAUUCAUUGUCAAUUUCUUCGUCGAUGACGACUUUAAGUAUUUCACUAAUAAAUGUUCAGUAUCGUGAUAGUUUCUUUAAUUUUUUACAAAAGAUGCCUAAUCUACGUUAUUUGAAAGUAGAAUUCUAUUCUGUUUAUUUAUAUAUUAAUGGACAAAGAUGGGAACAAAUGAUUCGUAAUUGUUUAACAAAUCUUGAGCGAUUACAAUUUAAAAUGUUACUUUCCUUAAAUAAUGAUCAAGAAGAAGAGGAACAAAUUGAUAGAAUACUUGAUACAUUUCGUAGUCAAUUUUGGUUAGUAGAACAUCGUUGGUUUGUUCAAUGUGAUUGGAGUUUAUACAAAGAAUUUGCCAGUCUCUAUAUUUUACCAUAUGCCUUUGAUACUUUUCGUUUUUAUUCAUCAAUUCAAUCAAAAUCAACCUUAUCAUUUGAUAAUGAUCAACGAUUAUAUGAUUGUGUACAUGAUUUGAUAUAUAAACCUCGUUUAUUCAACAUAUCAUCUUCGUUUCAUAUUCAAUUUUUUAACAUUCAACAUCUUUCAAUCGAAUUUCCAAUCACUUCUCAUUUUUGGUCUAUUGUUCCAAGAUUCGAUCACUUAGUUUCACUUGAUGCACUAUCGAAUAAUUAUGAUGAACAUUGUCAAUAUCAACUAAUAAGAAGAUUUACUUAA